CAAAGUCAAAGCCGCCAAAUAAAGUGACGAAGACCAACAACGAAAUCUACGGUGACGACGUCGACCAACGUAAAAUGGAACCCUCAUAUGAUCACGAACAUCAACAUCAUUCUCAUCAACAGUCGCAGCCCCAGCCGCAGCAGCAACAACAACAACAUCUACUAACAAAUUACAAUUCGAAAAAAUACAAUUCACCCAUAAAUCGUACCCCCGAAUACAACAACAGCAGCAGCAACACGGUCACUACCGGUGGCAGCGGUAAUGGCGCUGAACUUCACGAAACAACAACAACAGCGGCGACAACACUGCUUGCCGACGGUCGUUUAAGUUCGCUACAUGAAACGAACGCUGGCAAUAAUAGCUCCGACAUUGCCUAUCAAUAUCGGCAUGGUAGUGAACAUUCCUCGUCUAGCCUACACUCACCGGUAGUACAUCAUCAUUCCACCUCAAGGUCUACACCUACGCACAAUAACAGUUAUGAUGGUGAUCCUCACAAUGCCGGAGAUCCAAAUGUGGUAGCUGUGUCCUUACCUUUGACCUCACAGUGUCAUAAUUCGCAGCAGCAACAACAACAUCACAAUUCAUCACAGCAUUUAAUUGGUUCCAGCAUACCCUCGAUGUUGUCCAAUGCGAAUUCUGCAUCCUCUGCCACAAUGUUGAAUAAAUAUUUAACACAUCCGAAUAUGAUGUCGAUUGCAAUGUCUUCGGAUACCGAAGAUUAUGCCGGGCAUAUGGGUACGGCUGCCGCAUCAUCUGUGGGCGUUGGUGGUAAUGUUGUUUCGGGUACAAUAAUGGAUAGCCCAAUGUGGGCCUACGAUUACAAGGGUGAAUUGUGUGCCGCCAAUGCCAGCUAUCUGGAUCAACGACACAAAUUAGUCAACGAAGUUAAGUUUCGUGCUGUUGCCAACAGCCAGUCUAAAUGUGCCAAAGAAGCUAGAAUCCGAAGACCGAUGAAUGCGUUUAUGGUCUGGGCGAAAAUCGAACGUAAAAAAUUGGCCGAUGAAAAUCCGGAUUUGCAUAAUGCGGAUUUGAGUAAAAUGUUGGGUAAAAAAUGGCGAUCGCUAACACCUCAAGAUCGACGACCCUAUGUCGAAGAAGCUGAACGUCUCAGGGUUAUACAUAUGACCGAACAUCCCAAUUAUAAAUAUCGACCCCGACGAAGGAAACAAUCAAAAAUGCGUUCGCUACAAACAAAUGGAGUGGCAAAGGAGGCGAAUGGCUCCGCCACAGCCGGCAAUCAAUCUCCGAAUAAAACUGCAAAUAAUCAACAAAAAUCCGCCGGAACACCACCCUCAAAUUCAAUGUCUUCGGGGACGUAUGAAACAAAUUCAAAUCAAAGAAAUUCAACACCACAAAUACAAUUGCCACCGACAAGUGGUGCUGUCACGAGCAGUCUUUAUGAACAGACCUUGAGAUCGAAUUAUUCGCCCAGCUCGUUAGAUUGUUACAGUAAUCCCGAUUUGACAAGCGGAGAUAAUGGGGAAUAUUUGAAUUGUGCCGCUUCAUCGGGCGCCACGCAGACUAUUGAAAUGAGUUCCGUCAGAACAGGAAGUAAUUACGGCAUAGAAGAAUCUAAUGUGAAUGGUACAGCAUCUCCCAAUUCUACAGCGGCAUAUAAGAAAAUUGGUUCCCGCAACUCGAGCAUUGUGGGGACACCGAAGAGCCACAGCAGAAAUCGUUCAGUAACCAAUUCUACGCAAAAACACACAAAAGAGUCACAGAAACAAAGUAAAGAAAGCGACGCUGCUGUCGCAUCCCACACAUAUCCCCUCAGUGCCACCUCAAUGUCAGUGGUGGCAGGACGUGGCAUGUAUGUGACCUGUACAAAUCGUGGUCUCUUAGAUCAUGGGCAUUCGGUUAAGGGCACAUUUUAUCCACCAGUCUCAAGCCUGGAUGAGGAUAAACAUCACUUGAGUAGCCAUACAACGGCAAUGAGCCAUGCCAAUCACUCCGCCGGCAGUGGUGGCAUGCAUUUGGGGUAUGGGUCACAACAUUUGCAUCAGAGCGAUAUUAAUUUUUCCGCCCUGGACUCAUCACGUUUGGCUCAGACAGGAGUGACAUCUUCAGGAGAUUAUCUUGUGGCCUCCAAUGCCUACAACGUUAGUCCCAAUGUUACCUAUGAGGACUAUUUGCGAUACACGUCCAGUGCCCAUGCUGCCGCUGCCCAUGGUUCGCAAUUUGUGGACAGUGAUUAUGUUUCAGCCUCAAGUGAAAAUAAUGCCGCCACAAUUGAAGAUGACACCCUGAAAAGUAUUAACGCCCUGAAGCAAGCCAAGUAUCCGGAUACCAAUCACAAUUACGAUAGCUAUGAGACCUUUAAUCCCAUGGUAGUAUCUACCUCAAGUGGUAGUUAUUAUAGUCAGUUACCUUACUCCUUGGCUGGACAAUCUUUCCCUCUCCAAUUGGCCUUACCUUUGCAGCAAAGUUCCCUGGCAGGAGGAGUAUACGGCCAGGUGGCAUCACAACAUCAAAAUCAAAGUUAUCUCCACUAUAAUCACUACAGUCCCCAGAUAUCGUCACAAAUGUCUCACAUUGCCGAUAGUGGUAAUAAUUCACCCUCCCACCUUAGUUCCACCGGACUCAAUAUGACACAAACAACAUCGAGUGCUGCAACAACGCCCUCUUUACCCACCAGCCUUGUACAGUCAUCCACCACGUCUUCCUAUGCCAGCCAUCCGCACAAUCAUCAUCACCACCACCACCACCAUCAUCAUCCUCCACCUCAUGCCCCCGUAUUUGGAGCGGUACCAAAUUCCGCCGGCUCUGUUUUGGGGGUGGGAGAAAUGCUGAUCGAAUCGAGGCGUGAUGAAGAAAUUAGUAAUAUUUUAGCUGGUGUACGUAAAACCUGCUACAGUAAUUAAC